AUGGAGGAGAAGGUGCAGCUUACUUCCGCAGACUAUAAUGCUGACCUGAUCAUGGACAACCCAUUUAAAGACUGCCAAAUCUUACCUUUAAUACUUAAAGGUGCUCUACCUCCCAUUGAGACCAUUUCAAGCAUAAGAUUUGGAGGGAGCCAAAAAGGGAAUCAUUUGACUUCAGUCUAUGGAGAUGCUUCCAAUAACUUGAAAUCUUCUACAACAGUUUCCUCUUUGGACAGUUAUUUCAGGAAAUUUAGUGAGGAAAAUGAGUAUGAGAGUUUCCUAUCCAACGAGAAGGAAAUCAAGGAUCUACAACCUAGCAAGACACUGGCCAAUUAUGAUAUGAAUUGCUACAGCCAAAACCAUUCUCAAUAUGACAACUUCAACCCUAAGCCCUCAGAACCCAUCACUGUGUUUCAAGAGCUUAUUGAAUUACCCUUCACAGAGAAGUACUUACAGUAA